UGUUUCUGGUCGGUGCUCCAGUUAUCGAUAGAUUUCGAGUCGUGGCGGUUCGUAGUUAAAUUUCACAUAAUUUGCAGACAUAAUAAUAUAAUCGGAUAGCGUUAUUAAUAGAGUAAAUUAACAAAACAUUGAAACAUCUUCCUAAAAACCAAUAAAUACGUGAAAGAUACUAGAAAAAUGUCGCAGUUAGAUACAUUCUCAAUAAUUUGACGUCGAGUGUCAUAUCGUUUCGCAAGUAGUUUUGGUCGGAGGUGUUUUAUUUGUGUACGUUUCGUGAAAAACAUCGAUCAGGUGUAAUUUUUGUGUAAAUUGUGAAGUGUUAGUGUUGAUAAAGUAUUAUUUGCGUAGUAAUUUGGUGUUAACAAACAGUGUUUUGGUGAAAGUAUAUUCCUGGGUGUUUGUGUUAAGACUAGAAAUGCUGAAACUUGGUUUAUGCCACAGCUAUGCUUCCAUAAAGGGAGACAAAGGGGCGACGUUUCCAGUAAUAUCAUCUUCAUAAUGGGGAAUUCCAACCAGCGGCAGACUCACAUCGCCGCCGACCAUGUUGCGACCGGAAUCGCCCCUCGCUGAUCACCGCAGCCUGCUGCCGCGGCGGCUGCUGCCGGCGAAGGCGCAAAUCGCCCCAGCGGACAAGAAGAAAAACAGAAGAUCUCUAGAACUAAACCCUCCGUCCAACGAUCACGCCCCGUACGAUUACCCGAAACUCCUGAUCUCAAAAACCACUGAUUCCCUUAAUACGGAAUGUCCACGUAAGCUAAUUAAUAAGCAAGACUCAUCCGAGAGCCUCAAACGGGCGCUUCUAGCUAAAGAUGAUAAAAAGUGUGGAGCACUCAAGGAAGCAGAUAAAAAGGCGCUUGCCAAACAGGACUCCAGUGAAAGCUUAAAAAAGACGUUGCUGUGUCGCCAAGAUUCUAAUGAUAGUGCGAAAAGAAGGGACUCUGAUCCGAAAUGGAUGCAGAAACAAGAAGAGACAAAAAGGAGUUUGGAGGUAAAACGCGGAGGAGAUAAGAAAGGUUUAUUGGAGACUGAUAUUGAUGACGCUUGUAAGCGGAUAUAUGAGAGGAGGACGGGAUGCGCCCGGCCCACGCUACCCCCUGUUGCGGAGAAGGGUGUAUCACCAAAAUCUCCUAAUGGAAGCCCAUUAACUCCGGGCGUAGCUGCCGCAGCUGAAGGGGUAGUUCGGUGGGGAAGUGGCCUUUUAUCCCCCAAGGAAGAGCCGAGACUAAGGCCUGCGAGAAGCUGGUACGGCUACGGGACGCUGCCAACAGACAGUGAUAAGAUGGGAGCAGGCGCGAAUGGACCAGGCGGUCGGCGGGCCCUCGAGCUUAUCCUAAGUGGAGGGCUCAAGUCCUUAGCGAGACCGGCGAAGCCAGUCAGAAGAGCUGCUUCCAGAGACUCGGUCUUAUCACAACCUCAACCUUUGCUAGAAGGUCUCAGGAAAUGUUCAACGGUCCUCGCACUGACGGACAGAGAGAAGGCUCCGGAACCCAUCAGAGCACAUAAUCGACUGCGCGCUCCUUCCGUCUGCUCCCGUUGUUCUUCGUUGUUGUCCCUCGCCGGCGCCGGUGGAUCCAGGUAUUCUCUGGAUGGCGCUGGAGGUGUCUUCGUACCUACCGCCCCGAUCAACUGCAAGCUGUGCUUGGAAGACGCUACGCCGGACAAAAUCACCGUCAUAUCUGGUUGCGGCUGCUCCUUUUGCACCAGGUGCAUGAAGGCGUACGUAGAGUUCGAAGUGUGCAACGGCGCGUAUGAAGUGUCCUGUCCCGACGACCGGUGCUCGACCGGCGCGGCGCUCGCACUGGACGAGAUCUCAAACCUGGUCGCGCCAUCUGUCAUGGAGAAGCAUCUCAAGUUUAGGCUUAACCACGAGGUGGCAAUGGACGCGAUGCGAGCGUUUUGCCCCAGACCCGGCUGUGAUACGGUUGUCCCCGUGCGAGCUGCCAGCCCCGCGCAUUGCCCCACAUGCCGGCAUGACUUCUGCUCACAGUGUAAUCAAGAGUGGCACGGUGGGUUGUCCUGCGAAGCCGCCGCCGCGUCUUCAUCCAUGGGAGGUGCGGGCGCGCCUCUCCUACCCGACUCCGAGCUGAUCAAGUUGUGUCCGAUGUGUCGGGUGCCGAUAGAGAAGGACGAGGGAUGUGCGCAGAUGAUGUGCAAGCGAUGCAAGCACGUGUUCUGCUGGUACUGCUUGGCUUCAUUAGAUGAUGACUUUUUACUUCGCCACUACGACAAAGGCCCGUGCAAGAAUAAAUUAGGACACUCAAGAGCUUCUGUGUUAUGGCAUCGCGCACAGGUGGUCGGUAUAUUCGCGGGUUUUGGACUGCUACUCCUUGUGGCGAGCCCGUUACUACUGCUCGCCGCACCCUGCAUCGUCUGUUGUAAAUGCAGACUUUGCAAUCCGAACACAAAAAAUCUCGAAGAAGUGGACGAAAUUGAAAGCAUCAGUCCGGGACGAGACGACGACGGCGACGAGACGAGAGCGAGGUUCCUCUCCGACUGACGACGACGCUAUUAGACAGUGGACUUUAUCACGAGGUAAUAAGAUACCUUUUUGCGUGCACGCUGCGAGACGAAAAGUUGGACACAAAGUUGGUACAAAUGUUUGGACGAAUCUUGGAGAUUGAGCUGUGUUGAUGAACUAAGAAAUUGGAACUUUUUGAGAUAAAAAUAUGGUUGUACUAUUGAUAUGUGGUUGUUUGAAUAAAUAAUUAAAAAUAAUAUGUGGUAAUGUACUUCAAAUGAAGAUCUUCCAAAACAGAUGCAAAAUAGACUUAAAUCUAAAUUCUGAAAAAUUCUUUUAAAGAGGCACCUGUUGGGAAGAACUUUUAAUGUUAAAAUUGACGGUAGAUAAAGGUUUGUUAAAAGAGUAUGACGUCAUAACAUACCUAUGAAUAAUAACUUUGAUUGUUUGGGUGUUACUUUUCGAAUGUACUUUCUAUGUUAUAGAAUAUUGAUAAAAAAAUAAAGAAAAAAAUAUGGGUAGAGAUUACCUACUACAUUCAGUUUUAACUCUUAAUAGUGAUAAUAUUUUGUAAAGGUAAUUUCUAUGAUAUGAACUGCCACAACGUUUUGAAGGUACAUUUGAAACUUUGUUUGAUGUCAUUGAAAAAUUGUUUGUUGUAAACGGAAAAGCUAGUUAGGUGGCCGUAGGCUCAUUCGUCGAGGGCUGGCUUACAUGUCGUUUGCGAAUAUAUCCAAAAUGUUUUAUAAACAUCAAAGGAUCAUCAAGUAUUUGCUGGACAAAUAUACGCCAAAUGAUCUGGUCCCUUUGGCAAAGUACGUUGGGCCAACGUUUACAAGGCAUUAAGGGAUUCCUUUGGUGCGUAUGAACGCAGCAGAUACACGCAAAAAAUGCGCAAGUCGAAUUCUCUUGAAAUAUAUUGUGCGGGGUAAGUGAUGGGUUGUUAACGGUUUUUCAAAUAACUAGACCUCAACUAAAGCGUCAAAUUGUCGAUCAACUAGCUGAAAUCGUCAAUUUUUGAUGCACAAGAUUAUAGAUCGGUUUUAUUAGUUCCUUAAUUCGAUGCCCAUAGCAAGUGAGAGGUUUUUUGGUGCAUUGCUUUACUUUAUAUUAAGUGCAUUGCGUGCAAUGAGUCUCGUUUAUAUACGCAACAAAGGUACCCCUUUAUUUGCAACACAUGGUUUCGUCUUUACAUGACGGCAAGCAAAAAAUUUGACUUACACUGAAAAAUGCGAUGCGUUCGCCGUGGGCUGGGAUGGGUGAUAAAGCCGACGGCUUAUUGAAUAAGAAUUGAAAGUCGGAAGCAAUCUCGAUGUUUGAUAAUCAUACUGACCAUGUUUAACAAAUAAUAAAUAAUACGCCAUUUCCAUAGUGUUUAAUAGCGGACAUGUGGUAUGACGGGAGUACAAAUUGACAGAAUAUAGCUGGAUUAGUUUUAUCUCGACUGUUGUUUCGAAAAACUAAAGUCUCUCGCUAUAGUUUGAGUUUUCCUUCUAUUAUUAUUAAUUAUUUAUAUUUACGAAAUUUCCUAAAAAUUUGUUGAAAGCAAUGCUGUUUAUCGACUGUUUUGUGUUUUGAAAUGAAAUGAUAACAAAAUGAUGUUAACAAAUAUUUUUUGAAAAACAAGUUUCUUAAAUGUCUCAUUCAUUUUAAUUUCUGGGCUCUGGGUGUACUUUUCAAGUUAACAGUUGACUAUAUGUAAAUCUGCAAAAAUUGUAUGCAAAUGUCAAAUCGGGACGUUUGCUUGUUAAUCUAUAUACUAAAAGACUGAUUUAUGCAUGGUUAACGUUAACAAGAAAAGUUACGUUAGAGCCUUUGAAAACAGGUAAACGCUUACUAUAGUGUCAGUUGUUCAAAAAUAAUUCGAGGUAAUGACGAAUAAUAUAGAUAGGUUUUGUUAUAGCUAGUAGGAACAAAUGAUCUUAGAAGCUAGUUAUAGUAACUAGAAUAGCUUCAGUGGAUGUCGAGAAACUAUGUACUGUAAAAUGACCUUAAAAGACUUACAGUAGUUUUUUAUAUUAAGAUCUUCGUACAAAUGAUAAAUAAAUAGAAUUUCAUAAAUGGAGCUAAAGUGGCCCUUUGGGUGUAAUGAAUCGAAAAGUAAAAGGUAGCAUUCGGGUUUUAGCGACCGAAACCUCCGACCGCGAUUGAUAGUCGCGCGAUACGACUGCUUGUUUAUGCUUUAUUAACUUACUAGCCUGAUGCCCACAUUUCAUUCGCGUCGAAUAAGUUUUUUAAUUUUAUGUGUUUCAGGGACGCAAGAUAUAUUCUGUGAUUUAGUUAUGAUUGAUACAAUGCUAAGCGGUGAAAAUGUAACAAACAGACAAACACACUUUUUUAUUCAGUAUAUUAAUUAGUACGCGCUGAUCGACGCAGGCGUCGUCCUUAUAAAUAAUAUUACGUAAUCACGAUAUCAUAUUCAUUCGAAUACCCGCGAUUCAAAACGUUAUAUUUGUAGGUGUCCUAACUGACGUAUGAUAUGCACAAUCAGACAAGACAGAGUCGCUGUUGCCGGUCGCGGUCGCGGUCGUUUGUAGCUAUGUUCCGAAUGCUGCAUAAAGUCGCAAAAUAGAGAAGUAGCAGAAGGUUCUAUAGACAUGCGUGCGAUGGCGAGCUUACCCUAUUCAACUCAACCUGAAUAUUUCGAUUUUGUAAGAUUGAGAAUGACUUUAGUUUCAGUUAAAACGAGACAGAUUUUUGUCAGCAACAUAUCGCUGUCUCGAUUUUAAAUACAGUGUCUUAAGUCUGAGCAAAGUCAAAGUACACUCUAGUCUAAGUACAAUCAAAGUAUGCUUUAUGGAUCUAAGCCUGUGUGAGAACGCAUGCAUAGGUGUUGUAUUGAGCGAACUUUCUGCUACCAUUCUAUUUUGUGUUAAAUAUUUUGACGGAAUUUCCUAAAUUUCAAAGAUAAAGUUGUUUAAAACGAUAGUCUAUUUAUUAGAUUAGGUUAGUGCAAAAUAUAUUAAUAAAGAAAUGUGAAAAAUGUCUUUAUUCAAGUCUUUAUUAAAGUCUUUCAUAAGUCACAAUAGCUCAUCUUUUCAUUAUCUGUAUAAAAAUAAGAUUUGCUGAAUUUCAUUUAAUUGUAUAAUUUUAAAGGGCCUUUUUUAAAAGAACAAUGUGACAAAAUGGGCCAAGCUUAGAUAGAAUUACAAGAAUAACUGAAU